AUGAAGGCAGAAACGGGCACAACGAUGGCAACGUCGACUAGUCUCGAGACUUCCCAAGUCAAUGGCGUCACCAACCGGGCCCCUGUUGGCCCUAGUCACGACCCCCACGCUACAACUCCGACUCAUGAGACGACAACCACCAUACCGUCCGACGUCCUCGCCAAUGGUUCUACAAAUGGGACUACGAAUGGGACGACAGAUGAUUCAUUGGACAUAUCCGAAUUGCGCAAAGCGUUCCGCAACAAGUAUCGCCAUGUCGAGGCUGUCCACUCCGAAUCGAAACCAUCCUGUCUGAGCCAUGACGCUACAGAGACACCCAGUUUCAUCGGUUUUAGGAAUCUCAUGGUGAUUGUGUUGGUUGCUGCCAAUCUUCGCCUGGUCAUCGAGAACAUUCAAAAGUAUGGAGUUCUGAUCUGCAUCAAAUGCCACGACUUUCGCCCCAACGAUGUACGCCUGGGGCUCCUCCUCUACAUCCUGAUCCCAUGGCACCUCAUGCUCGCCUACCUCAUUGAGCUGGUCGCCGCCGCCAAUGCCCGCAACUCCCGGGCCAAGGCGAAGAAGCGGGACGGCAGUACCAGCCCGACCGAAGACGAGUCCAAGCAAUUCCUGCAGACCUGGCGGAUGCUCCGCAUUCUCCACGCCGUCAACGUCACGGCCGCCCUGGCCGUCACCUCCUACGUGGUCUACUACUACAUUCACCACCCGCUGAUCGGCACGCUCUCGGAGCUGCACGCCAUCAUCGUGUGGCUCAAGACGGCGUCGUACGCGCUCACCAACCGCGACCUGCGCCACGCCUACCUACACCCGGUGCGCGGCGAGCGCGACGCUCUGCCCGAGAUCUACGCCCAGUGCCCCUACCCGGCCAACGUGACCUUCUCCAACUUGACCUACUUCUGGUGGGCGCCCACCCUGGUGUACCAGCCGGCGUACCCGCGCACUCAGCGCAUCCGCUGGGUCUUUGUGGCUAAGCGCCUCGGCGAGGUCGUCUGCUUGAGCGCCUUCAUCUGGUUCGCCAGCGCCCAGUACGCUACCCCCGUGCUGCGAAACUCGCUCGACAAGAUCGCUACCCUGGAUUACAUGUCCAUUGUCGAGCGUCUGUUGAAGCUGUCGACCAUCUCGCUGGUCAUCUGGCUGGCGGGCUUCUUUGCGCUGUUUCAGAGUUUCCUGAAUGCCUUGGCCGAGGUGAUGCGGUUUGGAGACCGCGAGUUCUACGAAGCAUGGUGGAACAGCGAAAGCCUCGGCGCCUACUGGCGCACCUGGAACAAACCCGUGUACCAAUUCUUCCGGCGGCACGUCUACUCGCCGAUGCGGUCGCGCGGGUGGAGCCACUUGUCGGCCAGCCUCGCCGUGUUUCUGCUCUCGGCCGUGCUACACGAGCUGCUGGUGGGGGUGCCGACGCACAACAUCAUCGGCGUCGCCUUCCUGGGCAUGUUCCUGCAGCUGCCGCUCAUCGCCAUGACGGCGCGCCUGGGCGGCCGCCGCGGGAACACCGCCCACGGCCGCCUGCUCGGCAACACUAUCUUUUGGGUGUCAUUUACCAUUUUUGGCCAGCCGUUUGCCGCGCUGAUGUAUUUUUAUGCAUGGCAGGCCAAGUAUGGUAGUGUGAGCAAGAUGCCGCUGGCGCAGCCGGGGACGUGUCCGGCUGUGGUUGUUUGA